GUUUGUUUGGAGUUUUUUGGGGGGUAUGUUCUUGUUUAAGUUUUGUUUAGUUUUUGUUUUUGUUUUGUUGCGGAUGUAUUUAUUAGGUGGGGGGGGGGGUGGGUUGGUUUUGUGUUUUGGGGGUUAUAUAGCUUCAUAGCUGAGGUUACUUUUUUCUUCAAGGUGGUAGCUAUUUUUUUCAAUUGGUCAGAGGACAGUGCAGCGUCAUGGAAUUGCAGGUAAAGUUAAGACUUAUGACUGCCCCUAAGAUAGUCUUAGCAAGGUUCCAAAAACAUUAACAUAGAUUAUACAAAUAAUGCUAACCUUGAUUUGAGUUCUACAAUAUACUCCAGGGAUUGGUACUGAUAAGAAUUGCGUCAUUAUUAAAGUAACAACAUGCACUGCCAGCCCUUGACCUGUUUUUGAAGACAGUGGGUGUUUAUUAGAUAUUCCGACUGGUCUACACUCGUGGAUUACUUAACAUGUGGCUUUUCCCAGCUCGUUCCAGUCAUCCCGCACUGGGUCGGGGUACAUACCAGCGGUAUGACACUGCAUGCAGUUUUCAGCCUAUUCUUUGCUCUGUGUAUAUGUUUGAGCACACCAUCUCAAAAUGAUGCACAGCUGUUAGAAACUAGUGCUGACUGUGAUGCAUGUUAUGUCAAAGAGAACAAAGAUAUAUUAAAAAGCCCACAUGAUGACAUAUCUAAAUGCUGGAACAGUUCUGACUAUGAGGUGACUAGGAAUACAAUAUUUGAUUGGCAGUCUCACAAUGAAUUCCUUGAUAUUGCUACAAUCCUGACCGAGAUAUUCAAGGUCAUCAUCAAAUGUGCUGAUGACAUUUGUGCGAUAUUCAAGCUGUUUGUACAACCCAGCACCAACGACACUUUGGCUACGGACGCAGACUACCGGAUCUACGCGUUCUUGAAACAAGGUGGAACAAUACCUCUUAGACAUCCCAAGCGUUACGACACGCCAAAAGAAGUUACAGAUAUACUCCCGUUGCUUCGUGGAAUACCAGAGUCAUGCCUACAUAGAAUAAUAUAUGAUCAUAGAGACGACGUGGAAAAGUAUCUAAAUUUAUCACAGAUCUACAUGUUCCGGACCACAACACAGCCAGAGACGACACACGCAGCAAAAUUGACAGAAAACCACAUGAAGACAACUACAGUGACGACGCCGACUACUCCAAUACCACCAGUAACAUGUGCUGUAUGUACUGGUUUUCAACAAUGCAUUAUGAGUCCCACCUCGAAAUUCUGCGGAGAUGACCACCUGUGUUAUUUAACCGUUGUUACCCAGGGUUAUCAAACCACACAUUAUGAAAAAGGUUGUAAAUCUAUAUCUGAUUGUAUGAAGGAAUGGUGGCAUGAAACUUCUGACAUGGAUGGUUGCACUGAAAUAGAUGACGGACUCAGUGGGGAGGACCUAACCUGCACAUUUUGCUGUGACCGUAAUAUGUGCAACAAUAAUACACAGAACAUUAUACCCAAAUUCCUGUACACCCCAGCUUAAUAUUGUAACAUACAGAGAGAAAGAAAUAAGGGAACAGAGUAGACCAAAUUUAGCAUCAUGUCUAUAAAAAGUACAACAAUGUAAUGUGAAUGUCAGUAAUGUGACUGAAUGUCAGUAACAUGGUUAACUUAUUGACACCUACAUGUAUGUAUGUCAGUUUUGCUUGCAAUGACUCCUUUCUGUUAAGAGUUGGUGUGAUCCCUAAUUUCAGAUCUCAACAGGCAUUUUAUAAAGUAA